AUGUUUCGUGCGUGGAUCGCUCAGGACCAAGCCAUCCUCUCAGCCAUCCAGUCUUCCCGGGGUGAGGGUGUGGCCUGGCUCGGCCUCUUUGCUGCAUCUUCUCACGAGGUGUGGGACAUCCUGGAGUCGAGUUUUUCGUCUCAAUCUACUGCUCAGUCCAUGGCCAUCCGUGCCAAGCUUGGUGAAACUCGCAAGGACAAUGGUACGGUGACCGCCUUCUACAACAAGGUCAAGAAGUUGUCCGACACUCUUGCUUCCAUUAGAGAGCCCCUUUGUGACAGCGAGUUCACGUCCUUCAUCCUAGCCGGCCUUAACAGCGACUACGACUCGCUUGCCGAGGUGCUUAAUGAACGCAAGGAGCCUAUUCGUCCUCAGGAACUCUACAGCCGUCUCAUGUCUACGGAGCAACGGCUCAAUGCGCGCCGCCCCGACGUCUCCAUCGACUCCUCCGUCAAUGCCGUCUACCGCGGCAAAGGCGGCAGCCGUGGCUCCCCUGCAGCUUCGUCCUCGGGUGGGGGGGGGCAAGUCCGGUGGUGCGUCCCCUGCCCAGCAGCAGGCCCCGCGUCCUGGCGCCUCGGUGGUUGUCGUCGACGGCCGCGCCUGCGCCUGCUGUACUGCCUGUGGUGCGGCUCAGCCGUGUCAGCUCUGUGA